AUGGCAUAUUUUUACACCACAACGAAGAAGAUUUCACUUCAGGUACCGAGACCCAAAAGUGCAGUUUACCGUGACCCGUUGAAGAAAGUCAAGUUCAGUCUUGGUGCCAGGCUGCGUGAAACGGGAGAGUUGUUCGUUGUGCCCGACUGCCACCACAACAUGAGAAUCAGAGAGCUAAAAAACACCAUGGAAUUAGUGGUUGGGGUUCCCACAGACUUCCAGAGAGUAUGCUACCUGGAUAAUGGGGCCAAUGUUAAGGGCCAGACUACCCCGGGGCGCGGGGCCCUCCACGUGGCCGCCACCGAGGGCCAGUUGCAGUCCAUCCAGGAGCUACUGGUGCGCGGCGCCCCACACCAACUGGAGGACGCUGAGGGCAUGACAUCUCUGAGAACCGCCAUGCGCUGGGGCCAGAGGAAGAGCACCCGGCAGCUCUUCCUCUUCCACUGGCAGGAGUGUGACUCCCAGCUACGUACCUGGCACUGGGGUGCCCACGCCCAGAGAUACAGCACCUCCCUGGGGCGCUGUAGCCGUGGGGUGGAGGGCAGGGUGGAAGUGAGGCAGAACACGGCCAUGAGGGCCCAGGCAAGGAGGGCGUGGAUGGGGGAUGCGUGACCAGAGCUUCAUGUCAAGAACAGGGAAGAUGGCCAAGAGCCUGGUCCUGGAGAGCCGUGUACACAGGAUUUUAUUCCAGCCCAGCACUAACACACCAGUUCCUAACUACUCUGGAUUGAAUCGCAUGAGCAGUCGGAUCAUUUGAAUCAGAUGUGUUAGUGUUGGGUUGGAACAAAAGCUUGCUAACAGACAAUGUUUUCCCCUUGUUCAUUUAGUCAGAAGUUUGCCUACCUCUCCUACGUCGGACGUUGAGUAAGUGCUUUCGCAAUGGUCCCGAGCAGCAAAACUCCCUUCAUGAAAUUAUCAAGAAGCAGAAAAGUAGAUGAACUGACAUUUCUAAUCAAGAUAAACCAGAGAAAAAAAGGUGCAGCUAAAAGGUGUAAUCACAUUAGUCAGAGAUGGGGAAAUAAGAUGUCUUGAGCAACCUGGAUGAUAGAAUGUGACACUGCUUAUUGGUGAAUAAAAGUAGAAACCAGAGAAAUGAGAACAAAGUCCCUUUAAUGUUUAAAGUACCUUUACCAGAGAGAUAAAUCAGAACAAUAUUGUAAAAAUAUAUAAAUACUAGAAAAAAUAUAUAUAAAUACUGUAUGAUAAAAGCCAAUUCAAAAGGAGUUGAAAACUGUUAAAUGGGGAAUAAAGUACCUUUAAAUCUUAAAUGAUUGCAUUGCCGUCGCACCAUCGCAGCAGUGCCUUCGGAAACCCCUCGACGUUUCCACAUUUUGUUACUUUA